AUGAUAGUGGAUGGCGAGCAGUCUAUGUCCAUUUCCGAAGAUUCAUCGUCCGAAUACGAUGAACCUGAACUUUCUGACGAACAAGAGUGUCUAGACAUGCUUACUUAUCCAGACAGCGUAGGAAGCACCUAUGACAACGAUUCAGAGGCUCCUCGUGCUCGAUCGCCGCGCCCAGAUGUCAUGUUCCCGUCUCAAGGACCAUCGCCCCGUCCACCUAUUCUUCGAAGAUCAGCUAGACAAAAUUCAAAUGCAUCAAGCUCGAGAACGACUCCUGACGAAAUUGAUUUUCUACGCGAUCCGAUCGACGACGACACGGUCUAUCCGCAUCCCGUCAUCGUCGAACCUCUUAGACGUUGGAAUCGCAAUGCUAUGGGAGAUUUAGUCAUCGACGGCUUGACGAUAGUUUCCUAUGAUGGUGCUCGCAUCAUGGAGGAAUACCCACCACCGGUCUAUCUUGCCAAGGACCUCCCGCACAACCUGCAGGACCGGAUGAACAACCUCGAUGAAGCUCUCCGGAGGACUCGCAUGGCACGUAUCGUUCUCGAAGCUGUCAUCAACGAGAACACUGCGGAGGAUGAGCCGAACGCCCCGCGGAUCCGCGUGCAAAAUGACUUUGACGAUGAAACCACGCCACCAUGGGAAUUUCAUUACAGCAAUCAUAUAUGGCUGGGUGAAGAUGUGCCACCUCCGGAUAUAGCUAACCUGCAGGGCUGCGGAUGUGAGGGACACUGUGAUCCUCGUUCAAGAACAUGCUCGUGCUUGCAACAACAGCAAAAGUUCAUGUCUGAUCAUGGAGGCCCAUCGGGGUUUAUCUACAAUGAUAAGGGCAAAUUAAAAGUCAACAAUUUCCCUAUCUUUGAAUGCAAUGAUCUCUGUGGGUGUUUGGAAGACUGCAAAAACAGGGUUGUUCAACAUGGUCGGAAGUAUGGUAUCGAUAUCCGCAAGACUGAGCACAAAGGAUGGGGUGUCUUUGCCUCUGAGAAGAUCCCUAAAGGCGCAUUCGUCGGGAUUUAUGCUGGAGAGCUGCUCAUGGAUUACAUUGCCGAGGAAAGAGGAAAGAAAUACAAUAAAUUCGGCCGGACUUACCUGUUCGAUGUCGACUUCUGGCAUCUCAAGCAAGACGACGACGACUGGCAGAACAAAUACUGUGUUGAUGCGUAUCAUGCCGGCAAUUUCACUCGGUUCCUGAAUCAUAGCUGCAGUCCUAACUGUGUCAUUAACGCAUGCUACAUAAAUGAAGCCGACCUCGAUAAGCCCCUGCUCACAGUCUUCACCUCCCGCAACGUGGAGCAGGGUGAAGAACUGUGCUUCUCAUAUCAUGGUGAUCCUGAUGACUCGGACGACAAUGAGGAACCUCAAGGCACCGGUGCUAUUAUUAAGAACCCGAGGAACGACGCUAUCUAUACCGCGUGUCAUUGCGGUGCCCCGAAUUGCAGGAAGACGUUGUUUUGA